AUGGCAGGAUCGAGCAACCGAGGAGCGAAGCUGUACCAUGAGACGCGGCGUGACAGGUCGACUCCUUCUGCCGUGCACUGCCUCAACGCACUGCUACAGGGGCCUCUCUUCGGUGAAUCUGAUUUGACAGCAAUCACGAUCAAGCUCGACCGAAAGGAGCAUCUCAAUUUAAAGCGAGAAUUCAACCUCUCAGCGUACUCCUCCCGUCAUUUUUGGUUCGACGGCUUCGGCUUCCAGGUCGAGGUCUUGCAAGAGGCCUUAAAAACAUGGGAUAUACAAAUCACCCCACUUCACCCCCGGAAUGCUAGGAAAUCCCUGAUUGAUUUUGAGCAGGAGAGUGCCCUCAUUUGUCUCCGGGACUAUAAGGAAGAUUGGACCUGCGUCCGGAAGGUGGACGGCGAGUGGUACGAAUUCGACUGCCACCACGAGGCGCCGGAGCACGUGCCCGGUUUUUAUGUGCCUGCCUACAUUGACUCCCUCGAACGCCUCGGCUGGACCGUCUAUCUUGUCAGGGGGAAAUUGCUGGAAACGAGCACCAAGCCGGCGGGUCAAGCUCGCAGCGGCAACGAUGGCACUCGGUCGCCACCUGAAGAUGGUGCCAAGGGGAUAGGGACGGUGGGUGCGCGCGAUGCAAUGUGA